AUGUUGUCGAAUCAAUGGGCAAAGCUCGCAGCGAUCGUGGCACUGCUUCCCAGCUUGUCGCUUGCAUUCCCAAGCUCGAGAGACUUCGACCUAGAGUCGUCAUCUCUCUUCUCCAGAGACUACAUUCAGCCUGACAUCGACAACACACAAGAGUACCCGUUUUCACCGAGCCCAGCGCCAAAGAGCUCGCGAUGGCCAAAAGGACUCCAUUUCGCGGUCGACUACUAUCCAGCGCAGUGGCCCGACUUUCUGUGGGCCGACGAUGCAGCAAAGAUGGCAAACGCUACGUUGUCCUAUGCUCGAAUCAGCGAGUUUGACUGGGCGAUUCUCGAGCCCACCGAUGGCAACUACGACUGGUCAGUCCUCGAUCGAUCUAUCGAGGCGCUUCACCAGCAAGGUGUCAAGGUGAUCCUCGGUACGCCUACUGCGACACCGCCCAUCUGGGCUGUGAAGAACUACGACAUCCUCGGCGCCGAUGCUCAAGGUCGCCAAAGGAGGUUUGGCUCGCGCAGACACUACUCGUUCUCGUCGCCUGACUACCGAAUGCUUUCAAAGCGUUUUGUUGAGGCAAUGGCCAAGCGAUAUGGUAGCCACGAAGCCGUCGCAGCCUGGCAGAUCGACAACGAACUUGGCUGUCACGGAACAAUCCGCACAUACGACAAGAACGCGCGCAAGCGAUGGCAAGAAUGGCUCAGCGACAAGUACAACAACAACAUCACACUCUACAAUAAAAUGGAAGGUCGUGUCUUCUGGUCUUCCACGUAUCAGUCGUUCGAUCAAAUCGAUCUUCCCAUGCUCGAGGUAACCGAGAGCAGUCCCGCUGGAAGACUCGACUUCUACCACUUUUCAUCUGACAUGGCUAUCGAAUACGCUAAGGAUCAAGUUGAUCUCAUUCGCAAGUACUCUGACAAAGCGGUCACAACGAAUUUCAUGGGCGCGUUCCUCGACUUUGAUCACUUCAAGCUGGCUCGAGAGAGUGGGUUGGACCUUGCCACGUGGGAUUCGUACCCACUUGGCAAUACUGAACAGUUCUCGUGGGUUUCGGACGCUGAUAAGAUUAAAUACGGCAGAACCGGUACGCCCGACUUCCAGGCCUUCCAUCACGAUCUCUAUCGAGGUGUAGCUGGCGCAGCUUACAACAAGACAGCAGGACCUUUCGGCAUUAUGGAACAACAGCCAGGGCCGGUGAAUUGGUGUUCAACGAAUCCAAGUCCCAAGCUCGGCAUGGUUCGACUCUGGCAGCACGAGACGUUUGCACAUGGAGGAAGCAUGUCGAACAUCUUCCGCUGGCGCGAGGUUCCCUAUGCUCAGGAGCAGAUGCACGCUGCUAUGCUCCGUCGUGACAACGUUCCCGACCACGCCUACCUGGAGCAGCAACAGGUUGUCCACGAAGAUUUGCCCAAGAUGGCUUCACUGUUCAAGUCGGCUACGGGUAAGCGCGAUGUGGCCGACAACGCGCCGAUUCAGACCAGUACCGAGGGGCAAGCGCAGGUUGCUUUGGUGUUCGACUACGCUGCUCAGUGGUUGAUGGAGUCUGAACCUCAGUCCGGAACAUGGGAUGUGGACAUGGAAGGAUUCCAGGAUCCAUCGAUGCAGUACUUGCCACUCGUUCUCAACUGUUACACUGCUUUGCGCCGAUUGGGACUCAACAUUGAUGUUGUUGGCCCCACCACCCCUCUCGACGGUUACAAGAUGGUCGUCGUUCCGAGCAUGCCCAUCAUCAGCAAGGAAUUCGUCGAGACGUGGUCUUCCUACAAAGGCUUGACCGUGUUUGGUCCUCGGUCGGCAUCCAAAGUGGCAGCGCUUUCGAUUCCUGAUGGAUUGCCGCCGAGCAACGGACCCGUUCGAGAUGUAUUGCCGAUGAAGGUGGUCCGGGUGGAAACCAUCAAGGAAGGCUUCGGCGACAUGAUCUCUUACGACGGCAGGCAGUACAACGUCUCUGGUUGGGUCGAGUGGAUCGAAUGCGAUCGCGAUGGAAAGAACGCUUCAGUUCCGAUCGAUCAGUCCGCAACUUACUACGGGUACCGUAAUGGAGCUCCUGCUACCUGCGGCAACAAGGAUGGAGAUAAGGAGACCCACUACGUUUCAGCGUACACACCGGUCGAGUUCCUCGUUUCCUACCUCGGAGAUAUGGCAGGCAAGGCAAACGUACAGACCAUCUUCGGAGCGACACCUCAGGGCAGCAAAACGGAUUUGGGUAUCGAUCUGCGUUUCAGAAGGAACGGUAAUGCGCUGUGGGCGUUCAACUACGGUCCAGAAGAGAUCGAGCUUCCCGCAGCUCCGCAGGGAGCAAGUUUGUUGGUCGGCGGCGAGAACGGCAAGAUUGAGCCCACUGGUGUUGCCAUUUGGAGCCUCGAGUAA